AUGGCCACACAAACUGCGACUGAAGCCCUAGAACUCCAAACAUGGACAAAGCCUGACGCGAUUCCCUACCCAUCAAGGCCUUCUCAAGAAAUAUCAUUUUCCCAUACUAGGGAAUCUGAAAAUGAAUCCACCACUCUGCGUACCUUUUUCACAAUCUUCACGCCGUCCUUUGUAGGCUUCAUAGCCAGCUUUACCAAUGGCAUCAUCACUGUCGGUCUUCCCAUCAUAGCACGUUCCAUCUCUCUCGAACGCUCUCUUUACCUAUGGCCUUCGUCUGUAUAUGGCUUGACUUCAGGCGCCGCAUUGCUCAUCGCCGGCUCCAUUGCCGAUAUAGUUGGACCAAGGCCCGUCAAGCUCACCGGAAUCGCACUUCUUGGUGUUCUUACACUGGCAUGCGGGUUCGCGCAGUCGGGCGCCCAGCUCGUUGUUUUCUGUGCUCUGCAAGGCAUUGCGCUGGCGAUGCAUUUGCCGGCUUCGGUUGCUAUCAUCACAGAGGCUGUGCCGUCUGGAAGACCGAGAAACUUGGGCUUUGCAUGUCUGGGAUUCAGUCAGCCGCUAGGGUUCGCCGUUGGCCUGGUCCUCAGUGGCAUAAUGAUUGAGAAGGCUGGAUGGCGGUCGGGCUUCUAUCUAGCUGGAGGAUGUACUCUGGCUGUUGCUGUUGCUGCUUUGUGGACAUUACCAAAACUGCCAUCCCAGAACAAAGAUGGUAUGGUCGCUCUGGGCAGAAAGGUAGGCAGGGAGAUUGACUGGAUUGGCGGUAUCAUCUCCAGCGGAGGACUGGCGAUUCUUGCCUACGUCCUCGCUAUCAUCAGUGCAGAUCUUGCAAGUGUCCGCUCAGCCGAGACAGCCUCUCUCCUUGCCAUUAGUGUCGUGCUUCUCGCCGCCUUUCCAGUGUGGAUGCACUACCGCGAACGCCGUGGAAAACCAGCUCUGGUCCCAAACAAGCUGUGGAGAAACCUCCCCUUCACCAGCACAUGCAUCAUGGUCGCACUAUCUUAUGGGGUCAUGAACUCGAUUGAACUUUUCUCUAGCCUCUAUUUUCAAGAGAUCCAACACGCCUCCACAUUGACGACAUCCCUCUAUCUCCUCCCAAACCUAACCACUGGCGUCCUCAUCAACAUUCUCGUAGGCCUCUUCAUCCACCGCGUUCCCGCCCGCUGGCUGGUCGCUGGCUCAGCUCUCAUCUGCGCUCUCUCGCCCCUUCUCAUGGCCCUCGUCCCCCCUGCCUGGAGCUACUGGAAACUUGCUUUUUGGGCGCAAAUCUUUGCCCCGUUCAGCGCUGAUGUGCUCUUCACGGUCGGUCUCAUCAUUGUCAGCGACAGCUUUCCUGAGAAGACGCAGGCACUGGCUGGAGCUGUGUUCAACACUGUGGCACAGUUUGGGAUGAGCCUGGGGAUGGGAAGUUGUCAGGUUGUGGCGUUGGGUAUUCAGGGCUCUGUCAGUGGGAGUGCAUUUGAGGGACAGGAUGAGGGAGCCGUGUUGAAGGGCUACAGAGCAAGCUACUGGCUCAUGUUUGCGUACAUGGUUGUUUGCAUGGUGAUUGCUGUAGUAGGGCUGAGGAAGGCGGGCAAGGUUGGUCUGAAGAGGGAAUAG